UAUAAAACGAAAGUUCGUACAGACGAGUGUUUAAUUCAGUUGCUUAAGAUUAAUGGAACGCGGAAAAUGAAAUAUGCCCGCGGGCGUUGAGAUACGAAACUCAAGAUUGUUUUCUUUCUUAAUCGACGGCAAACUAACCUCGAAUUAUAUGCGGAUGAUUCUCUAUAUCGGAAGGUGAUAGAAAGAAUGCAGGGCAUAUGGAUAAAAUCACCGUGCUAUUUGUACUUUUAACACUUUUAACUUGUACUUUUUUAUCCACUUCAAAUGCUUCUCAUUCUUUGUCGUUGCUUUCGACGUACGUUGAGGGAGAAACGCGGUUUCCUCCGUUUAGUUACACGACAGUUCUGGAUGACAUUACAGUCGGAUACUAUGAUUCAGAAAGGUACAUUGCUAGAGGAAAUGCGACGAAUGAGGACGACGUGAUUGAUUCAGGUUACAUAAAGAGUGUGAGUGACUACAUGUAUAACUCCUUUGAAAGGCGAUCUGCGCUCUUCAGGCAACACAGACAAAAUGACGGUAGGCCUAGUAAUGUUUAUCAGACACUGGUUGUCUGUGAGCUGCUGGAUCUUGACAGGCCUGGAAAGAUGAUUAUCAGAGAUGCUGCCGGAGGCUACACCACAGAUGAAAUGUGUUACUUUAACAACAACUUUACUUAUACAGUGACUGUUAAUGUCACACAAGAAAUGCUCAAACCCCACCUGGAAGCAUUCAAGCACAAAUACGAAAAUUUCUAUUACAUAGUUUGCAUAGAUACUCUCAAGAAUUACCUCAAAAAGAGACAAGCUGAAGUGAAUAGAAAGGAGAAACCUGAAAUCAAAUUAAUUCGGAAAGCUAUCUCUGAUUCUGGAGGUUCUCGUGUGAGUUGUUUGGCGACAGGGUUUUACCCUCGUCACAUCAACCUGACCCUGUUCAGAGACCAGCAGCCUGUAGCUGAUCAUGAGAUCACUGGAGGAGAUCUGCUGCCCAACGAUGACGGGACGUACCAGAUGAGGAAGAGUCUGGAGAUCAGUGCUGCAGACAAACACAAAUACACCUGCUCCGUCACACACCUCAGUCUGGACAACAAACUGGACGUCUCUCUGGAUAAACCUUCCAGUUAUCACAUUGGUGUUCUGAUAUCUGCUGUUACUGUCCUGCUGGUGAUUUGUGUAAUUUUGGCAAUAGCCGUUCACACGAGCAAGCACUCAAGGCAAGGAGAAGGAGAGGGAGACGAUGAUGAGGAUGAUGAAGAUAAUGAUGAUUUUUAAUCUUCUGAAGACAUCCAUUUGCAAGGAGGUCAAACCAUUGAAGAUGUCACGUAUGAAAGAUUCUCAUGCAGUGUAAGAUGUGAGAAUAACAGUGAAUUCCAUUUAUCCCUUCUAAAUAUGUACAAUAUGUACAAAAACGUAAUUUAAAUAAACUUAUUUGAAUACA